AUGAGUCAACCACAGAGAGGUGGAGGUAUCUCUGCCAUCUUCGUCCAUGUAGGGGCGGGAUAUCACGGCCAUGGAAACGAGAGAGCCCACCUUCAGGUAUGCGAAAACGCUUGUAAAGCCGCAAUGGGCAUUUUAAAAAGCGGUGGAUCAGCUCUGGAUGCUGUUGAGAUGGCCAUCAUUGUAAUGGAGGAUGACGAGAUUACAAAUGCUGGCUAUGGAAGCAACCUGACGAUUGAAGGAGCUGUCGAAUGUGAUGCUACUAUUGUCGACCACCAUGGCAGGAGCGGCGCAGCUGGAGCCGUCUCGCCGCGAAUGCUACUUGAAACCUCUGCAAAGCCUUUAACUUGCCACAGAGUGCCUCCAAGCUUCCUCGUUGGUGAGGGUGCAACGGACUUUGCUUAUGAGCAAGGAUUGGUCAUACUGCCUCCUGACGGGCUCAUAUCGCGCUUUUCGAAAGAGAGAUGGCACCGCUGGCUGCAGGAUCUCGAGGCUGCUGAACUAGUCGAAAGAAAACGGGAUCCUUCACGUUUCCGCAUGGAAGAAGAUAGAGCAUCCUUCCUUCGUCGGCCAAUGCUGAAUCGUAAUCCAGCCCGCCUCAUUGACAAUACGCGUUUACGCCCACAUCUACCCAGCUCUCCCUUCACCGGAGUCGACUUGCUGAACCCCCUUCCUCGUCUCCAGGCUCUUGGAAGCAGACAAACCAUAGCUCCUGCACCACCAGCUAUGCCUUCGAACCAAGGACACGGCAUGGGUCCUGCAAUUGGACAACCUAUGGCUGUGGCAGGUGGACAAAGUAUGGCUUCUGCACCUGAGCAAGGUAUGGCUGCCUCGGCCAACACCCAUGCAGAUGGUGCGACUUUCCGCGCGUGCCCUACAAAAGCACCUUGUGCACCUGACACUUCGACGACUGCUCACCCGGGCGCUGCAGACGAGGAUGAAGAUAUGAUCAGCGAUACAGUCGGGGCCAUAGCUGUAGACUGUUAUGGCAAUAUUGCGGCAGGUUCUUCGUCUGGCGGGAUUGGCGCGAAGCAUCGCGGUCGAAUUGGGCCUGCUGCGCUGGUGGGCAUCGGCACCUAUGUGAUUCCUGUGGAUCCCAGCGAUCCCGAACAAGUAUCAGUCGCUUCAGUUACAUCGGGCACAGGCGAGCACAUUGCUACAACUAUGGCUGCGCAGACGUCAGCUGCAAGACUCUAUUACUGUCAAAAGAAGUGUAAGGACGGUACUUUCGAAAGUGUAUCCGAAGACGAAGCUAUGAAUGCAAUCAUAGCCACUGAGUUCAUGGGUGAGUUAUUGUAUUCCAUAUUCCUUACGACCAUUGAUAGAGAAUAA